AUGGAAUAUAACUCACAAAAAUCAACAAUUCCCAAUAAUAAUAAUAAUGCCAUAUAUAAUAACGAUAAUAUUAUUAAAAAUAGUGAUAAUUAUACAUCACGUCACGUAACCCACCCACGUAAUGAAGAAAAUGGAGAAUCAGUUGCUGCUACUGAUGAUAACGAUGGUGAUGAUUAA